UGCAUUUUGUAAGGUGGGGUUCCUUUACUUCUCUUGUGAGAAUGAGCCUGUUUGCUUAAUGAUGGUUUCCCCUGCAUUUCUUCUCCGAUCUCCACACUAGGACAUCCCACAAUAGUAUUCAUCUGUGAAGCCGUUUUGCCCCACUGUGUUGUGUGCGACUGAAUAAAAGGCUGCCUAAGGAUGGCUGGGAAACCCAGACUGCACUACGUUGAAGGGAGAGGGAAAAUGGAAUCCAUCCGCUGGCUCCUUGCAGCAGCUGGAGUUGAGUUUGAAGAACAAUUUAUAGAAACAAAGGAAGACUUGGAAAAAUUACGUAAUGAUGGAAGCCUGCUCUUUCAGCAAGUGCCUAUGGUAGAAAUUGAUGGGAUGAAGCUGGUGCAGACACGAGCCAUUCUCAACUACUUCGCAGCAAAACACAACCUCUAUGGCAAAGACCUGAAGGAGAGAGCGCUGAUUGACAUGUAUGUGGAAGGAACCACCGAUCUGAUGGGGAUGUUUAUGGCUCUCGCUUUGCAUCCCCCUGAUGAGCAGGCAAAGAUUCUCCUGAUCAUUGAGAAAGCCACAACCAGAUACUUCCCAGUGUAUGAAAGGGUUUUACAAGACCAUGGACAAGACUUCCUUGUCGGUAACAUAAUGAGUUUUGCAGACAUUCAUCUGCUUGAAGCUAUUCUAAUGGUGGAAGAGAUUAAGCCUGAUAUCCUCUCUAAAUUCCCUCUGCUGCAGGCCUUCAAAACAAGAGUGAGCAACAUUCCCACCAUUAAGAAAUUCUUGCAGCCUGGCAGCCAGCGUAAAUUUCCCCUAGAUGACAAGCAUCUUGCCCAGGUUAGGGAAAUUUUCAACAUCUGAGAACAUCAGUUAUGAAGAUUACUGCAAAUACCAACAGAUUUUUCCCUGACCUGUGCUCUCCCUCCAUGCAUGCUUCUAUCUAGAAGGCCAAUACUAGCUGAAAGAGUAACACUGCAACCUUAUAUAGGUUUACUCAGAAGUAAAGUCUAUUGCUUUCAGUAAAACUUAUGCACAAGUAACUUGAGACUGCGGCCUAACUAUAUAAAUUCUUAUUCUUCUUGGUAGCAGUGUCCAACCUCAGGCCAGCAAGACAAAUUUAGCUCACCUGGGGUCCCACUAUGGCCUCCUAGGGUUCCCCAGGUGAUCUUGCCCCCUUUCUUUGGCCCCACCUCCUUUCUUUUUUACUGCUGGCCAUUUGCUACUUCCCAAAUUGUGUUUGCUGAGUUUUGCAGGAUUUUCACCCAUUCUGAAGGAUUGGAAUGCUCCUUCUAAGGCUUAGUUCCUGGAAAUAGGACCUUUGAGCAAUGAAACAUUUGCUAUUUUGGUCCUGUCCACUACUGGAAAUCAACCCAUCCCCUGAUAAAUUUUCUAAAAUGGAAUUCGGUCCUCAAGGUAAAGGUGAUUCAACACCCUUGUUUUAUUGCCUUAGGCUUGGGAAUUGCAAAAGUAUGAACAAUUGACAACGCUUUUUUGUAAAAGCAUCCUAAACCUCUGCCUUCCUGAUGCCUUCCAGAUGUCACAGGCCACAGCUCCUAUAACUCCCACCUGACCCUGCAGUCAAAUGGAUCUGGAGGGCACCAGGUAGGAAAAGGUGUACUGAAGCCUUAUUACCUGAAGAGUAAUAAGAGAAUAAUUGUCAAAGUCAAUAAGCAACACACAUUAUACUGAUCACUAUCUCUUCAUAGAAACAGCCUCAAAAGGACAGUAGGCUCUAUCUCACAUGCAUGAUCUUUAGGUCCAGUCACUGUAUUUGUUGCCAUGUAGUAACUUUAUCAUUAGCAAUGUUAAUUUCCUGAACAACUCAAUAAAUGUCUCUUGCUUGCUG